AUGCCAGCGGUAGCAGCUGAGCAUUCCAAGUUUAUCCGUACCAUCGCUUUAGCUCCGCUGGAGAAAGCUAAUCUCCCACAAACUGUGGGUACGUUUAACGGCCUUACUGAUCCAGAUGAUCACGUUCAACUUUUUACAAGUGUAGGUGUGGUGGGCCGAUGGACCAUGCCUAUGUGGUGCCAUCUCUUCAUUCAAAAUCUCAUGGGAGCUGCUCGUGCGUGGUUCGACAGUCUCCCAACUGGAAGAAUCAAGUCAUGGGUCAAUUUUCAGGAACAAUUCCUAGCCCACUUCAGCCAGCAAAGGCGAUACAAGCGCGACACAUCUGAAGUUAUGGACAUCUGGAGACGAGAGAAUGAAGGUUUGGAAGAUUUCAUCACUCGCUUUAACAAGGAGUGCUUAGAAAUUGGUAGAGUGAGCGAAGAUCUGGUGCGCGCCCACUUCAAGAAGGCAAUCCGUUGUGAUAGUCUAAUCUGGAGUAUCACGGGCAAAGACGAAGGUCGUUACUCUAGAAACAACGCGCGCGAAUCAAAUAGGCGCAAAAACAACAAAAACCCUGGCUGGAAGUCCAACCAGUCCAGCGGCUACGAUGAAAGGCCUCGAUUCAAGGAGGACACGUGCGAUACGAUCGAUCAAAUUGGUUACCGCAAGGUGGUCAAGAACGAGAAUAGAGAGAAGCACUGGACUCUGUUAAUCAAGACACCUAAUGAGGUUCUUAUGACGAAGAAUCAUGAUUUCAAAGCUCCAAAGCCAAUGUUGAACAAGAAGGGUCAAGACCCUAAUCUUUAUUGUGAUUUCCACAAGGAUACAGGUCAUCUGACUGAUGACUGUAUCUGUUUACGUCAAGAAAUCGAGAAGGCUCUCAAAAGUGGCAAGUUGAGCCACUUACUCAAGAACGUGCGCAAGGAGACGCGCCAGAUUCAGAGAAACGACGAAGGUGGUCAGAAGAAAGUCCGCAGGUUGGAAACACACAUGGUCGACGAACCAAGAAAGAGCAUGAAAAGCAAGGGCAAGCGCCCAUUCGAGCCAGCAUGGCAAGAGCAGCAAGUAAUCUUUCAAGUGGUGCGCAGGGGCCCCGCGCCACACGCCCCGUCGUCAUCACUGGCAUCAUAG